AUGGGUCUCUUCAGUGACAGCAGCAGCAACAAUACCUGCCCGACGCCGACCAAUUUUGCUACAGAAGCAUCAAAACCCAUCGUGGGCACAAUCUCCUUCUACCGUCUAAACAUGAUGGCCUCCGGCGCCUGCACAGGCCUGGUCUGUCUGAUCAUGUUCGGAUUGAUGUUCUAUCAUGCGACACACUUGAGCAAACCCAGAGAGCAGAUCAAGAUCAUGAAAAUCUGCAUGCUUCUCCCACUUUAUACGAUCACAUCAUUCGUCUCGGUUUGCUUCCCCAAAGCAGACGUAUAUCUCGAGCCAUGGCUCGAAGUGUUUCAAGCCAUUGCACUAGCAUCCUUCUUCCUUCUUCUCUGUGAAUUCAUCGCGAGCGACAAUCAGACCGAGGUGGAUGUGUUUUUCGCGGCAUUUGAAGCCCCGAAGAAGAAGAACGGGGAGCGUAUGCAUGGUUUGGAAUGGUUCAGGAAACAAUGGAUUGCCAUCUUCCAGUACCCAGUUGUGGCCAUUCUGGUGGCCAUUGCCACGGAUAUCACUCAGGGGGCCGGUAUAUACUGCCUGGACAGUAACAAGCCACACUUUGCACACAUUUGGCUGACCGUCGUGUCAAGCCUCUCCGUCUCAGCCGCCGUGAUGUCGGUCCUUAAUUUCUACAAAGCACUCAGCACACACCUAAAGGGCCACCAACCACUCGCCAAACUCCUAGCAUUCAAGCUCAUCGUCGGCCUCUCAUUUGUCGAACGGAUAAUAUUCACAAUCCUCCGCUCCACAAACACUCUAAAGCCAACCUCAACCCUAUCCUACGGCGACACAAAUAUCGGAAUUCCAAACCUACUCAUUUGCCUCCAGAUGGUUCUAUUCGCCCUCUUCUUCCCCUACGCAUACAGAGUAUCUCCAUACAUCAACGGCGGUCCCUACAAGGGCGGAUCGCUGGGUGGGAGAGCGUGGAUCGGGAUGUUGAGUCCGAUGGAGAUCCUGCGUGCGAUUAAGUUUGCCUGUAAUAUGGCGCAAUCCAGGCGCACGAAAAAAUCGGCGGACUAUUCUAACAUUGAAUUGGGGCCUUCUUAUGAGGCGCAGGCGCCCCCUUAUGGGUACCCUCAGGCGGGGCCGAUCCCGUCUCAUGACCGGCUUUUGGAUAGGAGACCUGGAGGCUUCAUGUAA